UAAGCAGAUGUUCAAGAGGUUGAGGCAGCUUGAUGUGACUACCAAUGGGGAAUGCAAGUUGCAACCACUGCGCUAGAUGAGAGCGGAGGCCGGACAUCCGAACUUCUCAACUUGCCUUGACAAGGAAACAGAAUACAUGGAACAGGAGGAAGGAACGACACAAACUGUCUUUUAGCUUGCUACACCAACAUGACAUAAGCAACAAAUGCACCUUUGUGGUGAAUUGUGCUACCUAGUUAGCUAGCUGGCUAACUUUCUAGCUAACUAAUUCAUUGCCACAUUACAAGCUAGCUAGGCUAGCCAGAUUCGUUUACGAUCAUUAACGCGCACACGGCAACUAGCUUAUGUUACUGUCUGAAAAGGCUGGGACGUCAACAUCACACGGUAAAACGUGCGGUGUUUACUAACAUUUCGCUCGCUCAGUUACGAAUUUUGUUGUUAAUAACUAGAUUAAUUAGCUAGCUAGCUACAUACCAGACGAUAGCUAGUCCUGACAGCUAUCGUUAGCUAGCUACGUAUUCCAUGGCAUCAGUUUUGUUUGUAAACGUUCGCCUGGUUACAUACUGUUGGUUGUGACCGUGCCAAAGAAAUAGAUGUAUUAUUGAGAGAAUCAUGGCUAACACAGAGAAUGGUCGCCAGUCGGCCGACUCGAGAAGUAUCAGGACCAUUAGUAGCAGUCAUAUGGACGACGAGAGCUCCCUUGGCUCAGACUCCGAGAUGAACGGCUUUACCAACGACAGGCACACUGAUAAAUAUGGAUUUAUUGGAGGGGCGCAACAGUAUUCAGAAGAAUCGGCUCAGGAUGUCCCUCCAGAGGUGCUGAGGCAGCGAGAGGUCAAGUGGCUAGACAUGCUGAGCAACUGGGACAAAUGGAUGGUCAAGAGACACAAAAAGGUGAGACUGCGGUGCCAGAAAGGAAUCCCUCCCUCACUGCGAGGCCGUGCUUGGCUCUACCUGUCAGGAGGAAAAGUGAAGAGGGAACAGAACCGGGGGAAGUUCGAGGAGCUGGACAGUCAGGCUGGAGACCCAAAAGAGCUGGAUGUGAUUGAGAAAGACCUGCACAGACAGUUCCCCUUCCAUGAGAUGUUUGUAUCACGAGGGGGCCACGGACAGAAGGACCUGUUCCGUGUUCUGAAGGCCUACACGCUGUACAGGCCAGAGGAGGGCUACUGUCAAGCCCAGGCCCCCAUUGCUGCUGUGCUGCUCAUGCACAUGCCUGCUGAGGAUGCAUUCUGGGGACUGGUCCAAAUUUGUGAGAAGUACCUCCCUGGAUACUACAGUGCCGGGCUGGAGGCCAUCCAGUUAGAUGGAGAGAUCCUGUAUGCUUUGACGCGGCGUGUCUCCCCCAUAACCUACCGCCACCUGGAGAAACAUAAAAUAGAGCCCAUUCUCUACAUGACAGAGUGGUUCAUGUGUGCCUUCUCCCGCACCCUGCCCUGGGCCUCAGUUCUCCGUGUCUGGGACAUGUUCCUCUGUGACGGUGUGAAGAUAAUUUUCCGGGUGGGCCUAGUGCUGCUGAAGUGCAUGCUGGGUACCCGUGAGAAGCUGAAUGCGUGUCAGGGCCAGUAUGAGACCAUGGAGCUGCUGAGGGCCAUAGAGCCACGCUACAUGCAGGAGGGCUUCCUCGUCCGGGAGGUUCUGGAUGUGCCCAUCUCAGAGCGGGACGUUGAGAACGAGCACCAUGUUCAGCUGAAGCGCUGGAGGAAGAACCGCGGUGAGCUGCACUGGAAGUCUCCUCCCAGAAUGCACGGUGCCAGGGCUAUCAUGGCUUCGGAGCCUCCCAGUCGCCAGGACCUUCGUCAGAACCCCACCAUCAUUGUCGAGUCGCCCCUGCCUGCCCCUCAGCUGCAGAAGAGAGAGAAGAAGGGCAAAGAGGAGAAGAAGAGCAUUAAGAAAACCCCUCCCCCUGUCAUGGAGAUCCCCAACCCUUAUAAUUUACCUGGUGACCCUAAGCUUCCACUCAGAGAUCCUCAGCUUCCACUCAGAGAUCCUCAGCUUCCACUCAGAGAUCCUCAGCUUCCACUCAGAGAUCCUCUGCCUCAGCUUCCACUCAGAGAUCCUCAGCCUACUCUGAGAGACUCACCAGCACAGAAGCCCCUUGUCAAUGACACACCCCUCCCAAACACACUUAAAGACUCUCACCUACCCCACCAACCAGCCCUUAAUGACCAACCAGCCCUCAACGACCAACCAGUCUUUAACGACCAGUCUCUUCUCAAAGAGUCGCCCCUCCAGAUGUCCAGACAGAGCCUGAGUAGCACAGAGGCAGAUCAUCAGGACACAUACCUGUAGCUCUCGCUGUGGGCAGAAGGUGGAACUGCAUGUGUGAAACUGGGCCUGAUGGUGAGUGAGAGAAGAACUGGAACAACCCCUGUUUUAUCCUGGACAGUUCUCAUUCACUCGCUCACUCACUCUCAGGCCCUCUGCAUGCCAACCAAGCCUUCUGUCUCUUUAUCAGGCACUAGCACAGCUCAGCCAUAUACCAGCAACUGGGUGUACCAUGGCUAAUGUCACUGCAGCCCAACUAUGGGCGGCAAUUGUAUAUUUUUCAUAUGAUUUUUAUUCUGCCUGCUUUUAAGACACCGUAUUGCCUAGAGCAAGCACACAGUCAGCAGCAUACACUAAUGCAUCACUGCCAAGUGUUAUAAUACUUUCAUCCUUAUGUUACCUCUUCAUGCUUCUUCACUCUGACUGUUACUGAUGUGCAAGGGAGAUGGUGUUCUUUGUGCAGGGGAGAUGGUGUUCUUUGUGCAAGGGAGAUGGUGUUCUUUGUGCAGGGGAGAUGGUGUUCUUUGUGCAGGGGAGAUGGUGUUCUUUGUGCAAGGGAGAUGGUGUUCUUUGUGCAAGGGAGAUGGUGUUCUUUGUGCAGGGAGAUGGUGUUCUUUGUGCAGGGGAGAUGGUGUUCUUUGUGCAAGGGAGAUGGUGUUCUUUGUGCAAGGGAGAUGGUGUUCUUUGUGCAAGGGAGAUGGUGUUCUUUGUGCAGGGGAGAUGGUGUUCUUUGUGCAAGGGAGAUGGUGUUCUUUGUGCAGGGAGAUGGUGUUCUUUGUGCAGGGGAGAUGGUGUUCUUUGUGCAGGGGAGAUGGUGUUCUUUGUGCAGGGAGAUGGUGUUCUUUGUGCAAGGGAGAUGGUGUUCUUUGUGCAGGGGAGAUGGUGUUCUUUGUGCAAGGGAGAUGGUGUUCUUUGUGCAGGGGAGAUGGUGUUCUUUGUGCAGGGGAGAUGGUGUUCUUUGUGCAGGGGAGAUGGUGUUCUUUGUGCAGGGGAGAUGGUGUUCUUUGUGCAGGGGAGAUGGUGUUCUUUGUGCAGGGGAGAUGGUGUUCUUUGUGCAAGGGAGAUGGUGUUCUUUGUGCAAGGGAGAUAUGCUAUUAAUUUAUUGGUUGUGUAGUUAUAUACAUAAAACAAUCAUCACCUAAUAGACUAUCUGAUUCUAGGGUUUAACAAGAGACUUAAUUAAAUCAAACUGCCUUCAUUCGCACAAAAUGGGAGUGUUUAAAAAAAAAUAUAUAUAUUCAUUCAAAGCUCCCAACCACCUGUGGUUUGUAGGUAAUAGAAAUUGUAAAUAUUAACUUUUUUUGAACUAAGCUAUACUACUGUUGAUACUUUUUUAAUUUAAUGUAAACACUUGCCAUUUCAUUUUGAUUAAUGCUUAAGAAAGAGCUGGGUAAAUAUUGUUUCAAGUCAGGUUGGUUGAGUCAAAUUCCCAGUUGGCCUUAUCUAUAAGUAAAGAGCUUCCAUCCUUCACCACCAGAGAGCAGUCUUGGUGUGUUUUCCUGUAUAUUCUGUUAUCCCAGCUGCUAACUUCCCCUUCCUAAAAAGGAACUCCGAGCACUCUUGUCUCGAAUUUACACUCAUUACAUGUCAAUUCCAUACUUUCAAAGGAACUUGCAAGCUUGUUUUACUAUACAGUAAAAGGUGACAUAUGACAUGUGCCUUGUACAACUUGUGUAUAAAUCUUCGACCCCUGUGGCUAUCUAUUGUCCCUGCCAGGUGGUAAUGGACCUGAUGUCUGGAGACCAGACACAAAGCCUCACUGUGCCAGGCAAUUCCAGUUACUAUGUAGCAUUUAACUCAUGUAAGGUAUGCAAGAAGGAGCGAGGACUGGACAUUCCUCACAAUGAUUUGACACAUUCCUGCCCUUGGGUUUCUUAAAAGCCUAUAUGUCUUGUAUGCUACAUGUACAGUAUUCAUGCAUGUUCAUAUUUCAUAGCAGUUAGCUGGAUUGUUCCACCAAUUCGGUGCCUUUUGAAAGUGUAACUUGGUCAACCUAAUUUGAUUUCACCUCAUUUUAACAUUGUCAUUAAAAGCACUUUUCUAUUUUCACUUUACCCUCUCGAGGUUAAAUAAUAAUAAUAAAAAGACUAAGUGCCAAAUAAAGUAACAGGGUUGACUAUAACAAGGUUGGUGAUUUAAUCUUAAAUACCCUUGUGAAUCUUCAAAAUUACUUUGUCAAAGCAACAAAAUAACUUUACAAUGAUGGUGAAAAUGUUAGGGUUAAGUGGGUUAAAAUCUUCCUAGAAGUCAGACGGUGCACGGAGGAGCAUAUCAAAAUGCUGAAUUUAUUUAAUUAUCUAUGUGGUCUUUAUUAAAGGGCACUUCAUUUAAUAUAACACCCUGUUAAAAUUCAAUAUUGGUGCACAAUUUCUACUUAAAAUAUCAAUGGGACGCAAAAGGCACUCUUUGUGGAACGGCCCGGCUGUAUAGAGCUAACCUCUGCUUCUCUGCAUAGGUGCUGGGUGAUGUGGACCUUGCAGGCUAGAUACUUUUGUAUAUAUAAUGUUUGUGGACGUGUGUGGAUUCUGACAUUUCAACCACAUCCGUUGCUGACAGGUGUAUAAAAUUGAGCACACCGCCAUGCAAUCUCCAAAGACAUACAUUGGCAGCAGAAUGGCCUUACUGAAGAGCUCAGUGACUUUCAAUAUGGUGCCGUCAUGGGAUGCCACCUUUCCAACAAGUCAGUUGGUCAAAUGUGUGCCCUGCUAGAGCUGCCCUGGUCAACUGUAAGUGCUGUUAUUGUGAAGUGGAAAUGUCGAGGAGCAACAACUGCUCAGCCAUGAAGUGGUAGGCCACACAAGCUCACAGGACGGGACUACUAAAGCACGUAGCGUGUAAAAAUCGUCUGUCCUCGGUUGCAACACUCAAUACUGAGUUCCAAACUACCUCUGGAAGCAACGUCAGCACAAGAAUGAUUCGUCAGGAGCUUCAUGAAAUGGGUUUCCACUGCCGAGAAGCCGCACACAAGUCUAAGAUCACCAUUCUCAAUGCCAAGCUUCUCCUGGAGUGGUGUAAAGCUCGCCGCCAUUAGACUCUGGAGCAGUGGAAACGCAUUCUCUGGAGGGAUGAAUCACGCUUCACCAUCUGGCAGUCCAACAGACGAAUCUGGGUUUGGCGGAUGCCAGGAGAACGCUACCUACCCCAAUGCAUAGUGCCAACUGUAAAGUUUGGUGGAUGAGGAAUAAUGGUCUGGUGCUGUUUUUCAUGAUUGGGACUAGGCCCCUUAGUUCUAGACAAUUCUUUGCUUCCAACUUUGUGGCAACAGUUUGGGGAAGGCUUCCUGUUUCAGAAUGGCAGUGCCCCAUGCACAAAGUGAGGUCCAUACAAAAAUGGUUUGUCGAGAUCGGUGUGGAAGAACUUGACUGACCUGUACAGAGCUCUGACCUCAACCCCCAUCGAAUACCUUUGAGACUAAUUGGAACGCCGACUGCGAGCCAGGUCUAAUCGCCCAACAUCAGUGCCCGACCUCACUUAUGCUCUUGUGGCAGAAUGGAAGCAAGUCCGUGCAGCAAUGUUCCAACAUCUAGUGGAAAGCCUUCCCAGAAGAGUGGAGGAUGUUAUAGCAGUAAAGGGGGGACCAACUCCAUAUUCAUGCCUGUGAUUUUGUAAUGAAGUGUUCGACAAUCAGGUGUCCACAUACUUUUGGUCAUGUAGUGUGGCUCUGUAAAGACAUGGAUCGGCUUAUUGCUACGCUGAGUGACAGGUCCAGAUAUAUGGUGAUCAAACCAAAUAACAAUGUGAUAAGGAUCAUCGGAUUGAUCCAUUGCCUGUUACUAUGGAUGCUUAGCCUUACUUGUUGCAUACCGGCGAAGGGAUUACUUUUGGGAUAUCUUGGAGUUUUCAUAUUUUGGGAUAAUGUUGAAGCCUUUCCAUUUAAAAAUGUUAUAUUCAUUUGGGAAAAUCAUGAGGCCUGUUGGGAUAAAGAUCAGGCCUUUGCUUUGGGAAAAUAAUGGACAGUCUGUUGACCAAAGCCUUUUUGGUGAUUCAAGUUUAGAGGCAAGGUUUGCAGUCAGAUGUGUCAAAGGUUUUUAACUAUUAUGUUGUAGGCACUAUAGGAAAUUAUUCAGUAGAGAUUAAGACGUAAUCGAUGCACAACACUUAUUAUUGCUACAAUAUAUCAUUCUACUGAAUGCUGCAUGUUUGUUGUACAGGUCACCUCACUAAAAAGCAAUAAAAGGUGAAUGGAGGUCAAGUAAACAAAAACCUAUUUGCUUUUUUAUUUAACCUGGCAAAACCGUUAAGAACAAAUUCUUAUUUACAAUGACGGCUUAACCCGGACGACGCUGGGCCAAUUGUGCGCUGCCAUAUGGGACUCCCAAUCUUGGCCGGUUGUGAUACAGCCUGGAUUCGAACCAGGGUCAGUAGUGAGGCCUCUAGCACUGAGAUGCAGUGCUUAGAACACUGCGCCACUCGGGAGCCACACAGCCUUUCUCCACCCAAGUGUAUAGUGGCCUGUAUCACAUAUUUCCCAUUUUGCAGCUAUUAUAGUUUAAUUUAAUGCUUAAAAUGUGUAUAUAAGACUAAUUUGUAAAAUGUCAUUUUGUAAAGAAACAUUAUUUUUUUUGUGUGUACACAUCCAUAUUUGAUGAUCAUAAUCCACAAUUUGCCAUAAAUCAUGGUAGAAACUGAAUCUAUAUUUUAGCUAGAUAAUUUUGACACUAACUUUACAGUUUAAAAAGCAAACAUAUGCAAUGCUUUCUCCCCUAGAAAUAUUCAUGUUUUCUCAGCACAAUGGUUUUAAUUUUGUUUAUUCAGAGAGGCCUUUGGUAUUUCUAUGUUUUUAUUUAUUUUUUAUUUCACCUUUAUUUAACCAGGUAGGCUAGUUGAGAACAAGUUCUCAUUUACAACUGUGACCUGGCCAAGAUAAAGCAUAGCAGUGUGAACAGACAACAACACAGAGUUACACAUGGAGUAAACAAUAAGCAAGUCAAUAACACAGUAGAAAAAAAUAGUCUAUAUACAUUGUGUGCAAAAGGCAUGAGGAGGUAGGCGAAUAAUUACAAUUUAGCAGAUUAACACGAGUGAUAAAUGAUCAGAUGGUCGUGUGCAGGUAGAGAUACUGGUGUGCAAAAGAGCAGAAAAGUAAAUACAUUUUUAAAAGUAUGGGGAUGAGGUAGGUAAAUUGGGUGGGCUAUUUACCGAUGGACUAUGUACAGCUGCAGCGAUCGGUUAGCUGCUCAGAUAGCAGAUGUUUAAAGUUGUCAACUAUCAACAAAUAUGUAUUUAUCUCAAAGUUGUUUCAUAUUGUCAUUUUUGUUUUUACAAAUAAAAUCACUUUGAUCAACAACA